UGAAUCAAACGGUCACACUAAGCCAAACAACCAAAACAAAAGCCGGCAAAUUUUUGCUAAAAAUAACAAAGCUCAAAAACACCGUAUUUCCUAUUAAAGAAAUGUAAAAAAUAAUGCGUGGCAUUCGCAAGUGUGUUCACUGUGGUGCCAUCAAUGGAAAUCGAGCCCAGGUCUGUCGGAACACCGAGUGUCCGCAGCGCAGGAACGUCCUGGAGGCCGUGCAGUUGGUUUCCCUGCGUCCAGGCUCCACUGUAUACUCCCUGCGGACCAAGGAGAAGGAGCAGCAGCCGCGGAACUUUGUUGUCGUACGGGAUGUCACCCUGUCCCUGCAGCCGGAUGCCGCAGUGGUGUCCAGCACGGCCGACUGCUAUGUGGAGACCUGCCAGAAGACGGGAGGAGAAUCCUUCGAUUGCGCCCAUGUAAAGGCCUGUAGGGAACUGGGCACGGAGUUUCCAAAGGCCCAGGUUUACCCGGUGUCCCGUGAAGUGCUCUGGAACUUGAACAUCAACCAGGAACAGAAGCAGCACCUCUGGCAUCUCUAUAAAUACGCCGAGGAAGAGGAGCACCUGCCUGGAGUCCAGCGUUUGAAUCACUCCACCUUCGCCGUGAAGUGCGAACGCUCCGAAUCCUUUCCAGCCGCCCGGCUACAUGUCACCGUUCUGGCCAAUGGCCUGUCCAAGAAGAAGAGCAGUUACGCCUGCGCCUGCCGGAAACUAAAGAUCAUAGUGGAACCAGACAACUCCCUGGUGAUGCAGGACGAGAUCUGCGACCAUCUGCUGCUAGUUCUGGCCGGAAUCCUUAGUUCCCCGCAGGGAAAACGGUUCUAUGGGCACUUCACCAGUGGAUUGCAGAACUUCUGGAUGCCCUCGCAGCUGGAAACGCCACUGGGAGACGUGGCCACCGAGGAUUUGCGGCUCAGUUUGAGUAUGGUAGAUGAAUUCGAUCCCCAAGUGGACAUACUCGUCUUCGGGGAUCAACUGGAUCUUCCCUUGCCGGAUCUUUCCGAUGGCGUCUUUAACCUGGACAACAUGCAGGCAGCCACUUCUAGUCAGAGCACCUCCAAUACCAACAAUGCCUUGAUCCACUAUGCCAACGACUCCCAGCUUUUGUCCAAUUGCGAUGUCUAUGCAGAGCCCAUUGAGUUGACCGACUGCAACAUAGAACUGAUGGAUCAGUUUCAGCCCACGGAUCAGCUAGAUAUUUGCAGCGAAGACAUCGAACUGCCGUUGAUAAGUGAACCCUAUAAUAUUCUAGCAGCUCCACCCAUUUUUACGGAACCCACGCCUUCGGUGGUAACCGAUCAACAGCACAUUGAGUUGGCCACCAUAUCGGUGGUUAAGAAGACUCCAGUCAAGUUCUCGGAAAUUGUGAAGGAAGUCAAAUCCGUGAAGCAGCCCGCUUUGCCAGCCAAAAGGGAGUUGAUAGUAAAUAAAGUGGCCUCACCAACGCCAGUUAAGGAUACUUUAAGUGUAGAUGCUUCGCUUCAGCCAGCUUUAUCCUACUCAGCUUGGUUGGAUCAUGUGAUAGAGCUGCUAAACGAAAGAUUGGAGCCUUUGGAAACUCCUGGCGUUGUACUUACAAAGCGCUUAGUGCAACAAAACUUUCAUGUGCACAGGGACACCUUUUCGCACUUCUGCAAAAGCUUUAGUACUGGGGUCAAACGACGACCCUUGGAUAAGUUAACUGUGAUAGAAUCGGGCAAAUAUAAAGGCCUCAACAAGUACACCUGGCAUUUUGCGAGUUCCCACACCGUGAAGCGCAUAUUCAGCACCUCACAUAUGCAGCUGCAUUUGGAUUGCGCCUUCGAGCGCCAUGCAGAAGGACAUUUUGUGCCAUACGUGCGUCCAGUCGUCGAGCCAAGUCAGGUGAAGAAACGCGCUGUCUACCCCAGACUCAGGCUUUACAUGGUCAAGAUAGUCUUUGAAGUGGCUCCAAAGGAUCAUUCCGGCAAUGGACUCCUGUUGACCUGGAUCCCAGAUGUCUUGCCCCGCAGCCAUUUCGGCCUGAUGCACGUGGAGUUCACCGUGGAGACACGAUCGCCCCUCUAGGAUGAAGCAUUUUUACCACCGCCGGUGUCAGUAUGAGAAAUUUACAAGCCUUUCUAGCGUAUAAGUAGUCUUAGCCUACGUCGGGUUAGUGCCUAAGAAACAUAAUCUCACAAAAAUUGGUCAUUAGUUGGUUAAUAUGUAGAGCCGCCUAUUUGGUAUCAGCUGACAAAUGAUUGGAUUGAAAUGCUCUCGCUUUGAUACGAUCAAGAUUGAAGGGUGCUCCCACCCGAAUCAAGCCCAUCUACCGCCUACCGCCUACGUCUAUAUCCUCCAGUAGUCUGACUACAUUCGAUUGGGUGGACACGGGAUAAAUCUAAGAGGAAACUGAAGGACCCUUGACGUUCGUUCAUUUACAUAAUCAGUAUACUUGCUUAUUCAAGUUAAAGUGUACAAAAAACCAGUCUUUAAAACAUGUUUGUUUAUCGUUUCUUAUGUUUUUUCUUUUUCCGUUAAUACUUUACAUAUAAAAUGUAAAAAUACUCACUAAAUUACUUGCGCUCUA